AUGGCGGAGGAGAGCUAUAGGAGGGAGCAGAGGGUGAAGGGAUCAUGGAGCCCGGAGGAGGAUGAGGCGUUGACGCGGCUGGUAGAGCGGCACGGCCCCCGGAACUGGUCUUUGAUCAGCGCGGGGAUCCCCGGUAGGUCCGGGAAGUCGUGCCGGCUACGGUGGUGCAACCAGCUCAGCCCCGCCGUCCACCACCGCCCCUUCACCUCCGCUGAGGACGCCGCCAUCCUCGAGGCCCACGCCCGGUUCGGCAACAAGUGGGCCACCAUCGCCCGCCUCCUCCCCGGCCGCACCGACAACGCUAUUAAAAACCACUGGAACUCCGCCCUCCGCCGCCGCGCCACCUUCGCAGCCCCCGAUCCGAUCCUCCCGUCUUCGUCAUCUCCCACCGCCAAUCACGAGCCGGACGAUUCCUACUCGGGCUCGGCCAGGAAGCGGCGGCGCUCGAGCGACAACGCGAACGAAGGAGGAUGUAGAUCGGCGGCGGCUGAACUGGGUACGUCGCUGUCGCUGAGCCUGCCGGGAGAGGGCGGAGGAGUCAUGGCCGCCGUAAGUGGGGAGGAGAGGACGUGGGAGGCGCCGCCUGGGGACGUGUGCCUUGUGACGAUAAUGCGACAGAUGAUAGCCGAAGAGGUGCGCAGUUACAUCGACAGGACGCGAUCGCAGGGCGGGGUGGAGAUGACGGUUCCCGCCGUCGUCAAGCCAGAGACCGCAUUCGACUGCCACAAUUAA